AUGAACCGAGACCAACUCGGCAACGGGACAACUUGGAUCUCAAUCCUCUCGUCGGCGGCUUCGGGCCUUGCACGGAGCACAAAUACACUUUCAAAUGCCCUCCUCAACAUAUCCGCUCAUUACGACAUCAGUAAUGACAUGUUCUCUGCGUUUCUUUCCCCAGACAUGACCUACUCGUGCCCCAUCUGGGCCCCUGUGGGCCCAACUGAGGGCUCGACCGGGGAGAGCUUAGAGGACGCACAGAUGAGGAAACUGCGUCGAUUCAUUGAUGGUGCGAGAAUCAAGCCCUCAGACCACGUCCUCGAAAUAGGAACGGGCUGGGGCUCGUUUGCAAUCGAGGCUGUCAAGCAAACGGGCUGCCGUGUAACCAGCAUUACUCUGUCCAAGGAGCAAAAGGUCCUCGCGGAAAAGCGCAUUCAGGCGGCUGGGUUCUCUGAGCGGAUCGAGGUGAAAUUAGUGGAUUACCGAGCACUGACGGUUCCCUCGACCCCGUUUGAUAAAAUCGUCUCCAUAGAAAUGCUUGAGGCUGUUGGGCCAGAGUACUUAGCCACGUAUUUCGAAUGCAUCGAUAGUCUUCUCAAAAGCGAUGGGGGCAUUGCGAUGUUUCAGUGUAUCACUAUGCCCGAGGGCCGCCACGCUGCGUAUUCGGCCUCGGAGGACUUUAUCAACCACUACAUCUUUCCGGGUGGCUAUCUACCAUCCAUAACCCAACUCCUCAAUCACAUCAGCACCGCAUCCAAGGGCACACUGAUUGUGGAGAAAGUGGAAAACAUUGGCGGGCAUUACGCGAAGACCCUGAGGCUGUGGAGGGAGGCGUUCCUCGCCAACUUCGACGAGAAGAUUCGCCCCGCCCUUGAACAGGAAAACCCAGGGAUGAGCGAAGAGGAGGCGGAAGUAUUCAGGAGGAAGUGGGAGUACUAUUUCACCUAUUGCGAGGCAGGCUUUCUCACCAAAACUCUCGGAGACGUCAUCAUUACCGUUGGGCGGGAAUGCUCGGUGGAAUUGAUGGAGGGCAUCCCACUCUAA